AUGCUGGGGAUUACGUUGAUGUUACAUUCCACAUCUGCCAGUAUGCCCGAUGGCCGUGUCACUCACAUGGCAAUUUUGAAGAAGUCUAACGGCUCGUGUGUGCGCGUGUGUGCGUGUCUGUGUUGGGAUCAACAUUUCCCAUCUGCCUUGGGCAUGCCCGGGCCUACGUGUACUUGCAGCACUGACCUGGGGAAUUCGGUCUCAAAACCAGGGAGUGAGACUCAAGAAGGCACAUUUUCUCCCCUAGCAUCUGGUACAAUCUGUGGUGUUUUCGCCGUUCAUCAUGUUUUUAUUGUUUCAUUGACUGGCUGGGAAGAACCGUAA